AUGUCUGUUGGCACCUUUUCGCUGCCGGCGCUGCCAUACGCCUACGAUGCUCUCGAGCCCAGCAUCUCUGCACAGAUCAUGGAGCUUCACCACAGCAAGCAUCACCAGGCCUAUGUCACCAACCUGAACAGUGCUCUCAAGACCUACGCCACCGCCAUUGCUGCCAACGACGUGCCUUCGCAGAUUGCCCUGCAGGCCGCCAUCAAGUUCAACGGCGGCGGCCACAUCAACCACUCUCUGUUUUGGGAGAACCUGUCGCCCUCCUCGUCUCCGGAUGCGGAUUCUGCCAGCGCCCCUGCUCUGGCUGCCGAGAUUGCCAAGACCUGGGGCAGCUUUGAGAAGUUCCAAGAGGCCAUGGUGAAGGCUCUCUUGGGCAUUCAGGGAAGUGGCUGGGGCUGGCUGGUCAAGGAUGGCAAUGCGCUGCGGAUCGUCACUACAAAGGACCAAGAUCCCGUGGUUGGCGGGGAGGUUCCCAUCUUUGGCAUCGACAUGUGGGAGCAUGCAUACUACUUGCAGUACCUUAAUGGCAAGGCUGCAUACGUCGAGAAUAUCUGGAAGGUCAUCAACUGGAAGACUGCUGAGCAGCGCUUCAAGGGGGACCGGGAUGACGCUUUCAAGAUCCUCAAGGCUUCGUUGUAG